AUGCAGUUCAUCGUUGCUGUUGGAGGCAACUCGCUUACGAUGUCUGUUCUACUUGGUCCUCAUAUGAAAAAUAGAGCAAAUCUACUGCUGGCGUUUCUUGCUUUCUGCGAUAUACUCGUAUUUGUGAUGAUGUUUCCGCAUUACCUCGCUUCUCUGGAUCUCUUUGCAAACAAUCUGGAGUUUCGUUAUAUAUACUACCUCACAAAAAGGCAUCUUGGGGCGUUGACUAAUUGGUUCUCAGCUGCAGCAAUUUGGUUUGUGCUUGCUGUCUCUGUUGAACGUCUGUUGAUUAUCAAAUUCCCUUUUCGCUCAUUGGAUAAUUAUAAUAAGAAUCCGACGUCGGAGUUUGUUCGAGAGUGGAUCGAGUUGUCCGUUUUUUUAAACGCUGCCUUUGCUGUAUUAUUACCUGUGUUUGCCGUGGGUGCGAUAAAUAUUUCACUCAUCAAAUUGAUGAAGAAGAGGAACUGUGAGGAGUUGCUCGUCAAUUCGGUAAAUGUUAAUCCGGAAGCAAUCCAUGAGCAAGAGCGAAAGAUGACAACAACAGUGUUGGCCAUUGUUACUUGCUUCACGCUCACACAGGGUCCAUCUGCCAUAGUGUUCGUCUAUCAAAUACUAUACGGAUCCACUAGCAAUCUGCAAAUUGCAUCUGUAGUCGCCAAUCAGUUGGUCCUUACUGGAAAAAUGCUCAAUGUUGUACUAUUCUGCAUGACUUCUUCAACGUUCAGAAGGAAGCUAGUACAAACCUGCAAAAGAUGGCUCUUCCUAAUCUGCUAUUGUGAGCAACAAAGCUCACGCUUAUCACAUGCAAACUCGAAAUCCGGCAUGACACAACGUACAUCGGUGAUGUCUUCGUGGAGCUUUCGCACUAUGCGAUCGUCGUUCAUGUCUCAUGUAUCGCAGAGAUGA